AUGCCUCCUGGACGCGAGACCAUUUCCGCCGGAGCAGGCCGUCCCAAGCGCACUGCCGAAGCGUCUGAACGCUACGUCUCACCCGACUCUAAGAAACCGCGAUUCGAUGCUCGUAACCCUUCGACUCUGGCCCCCGAUGCCCCGGAAGAAGAUGCUAUCUUGGAGCUGGACGAGAUCGGUAGAGGCGGUAUGCAGACGAAGCGCAACGCUGUGAAACUCGACGGCUACGAGAGCGAUAGCAGCGACGACAACUUUGAGGCUAGAGCAGACGAAAAGGCAGAACUCGCAAAGCAGGAAGGAAGGUCCGCCGACACAAAGAGCUCAAAGAACGCCGGAUGGAACAAACGCUCUCAAGAUAAUGGAAAGUCAAAAGAUGAGGAUGAGAUGGACAUGUUUGCCGACGUCGACGAAGGCACUGGCGGCGUAGGAGGCACUGCAGAUGGAGAUGAUGAUGAAGAGUUGAGAGGCGAAGGCAAGAAGGCCAAGAAAGACGUGCGAUUCAUGGACAUCGACGACAUUGAGGGUCAGGUGCACAAGAGCAAGUCCGGCGGCCACGUUCGCGCCGACUUCACCCUCGAUCCAAAGGGCAAGUCACGCGCUGAAGAUGAUGCCAGCGUCGAGAGUAGCAGCGAAAGUGGUAGCGAUUCGGAACGCGACCGCCUGGACGACGAAAACGAAGAUGCGGAGGAACUAGGCGCAGGCAGCAAGAAGAAGCACGCCCCCAAGCUCGAUGCCUUCAACAUGCAACAGGAAGGUGAGGAAGGUCGAUUCGACGAGGCCGGCAACUUCAUCCGCAAGGCCGUCGAUCCAGACUCCGUGCAUGACAGUUGGCUGGAAGGUCUGAACAAGAAGGACAUGAAGAAGGCCAAAGCAGCUCAGGAGAAACGAGACGAGGAACGAAGGAAGCAAACUGCUGCCGACGACGCCUUGCUAACAUCCGAUCUACUCUCUACUCUCAUCACACAUCUCCACAAAGGCGAAUCAGUUCUCGAAGCUCUACAACGUCUCAACGCAGCCGCUCCCAAAUCGAAACAGAAAAAGGUGCCCAAGUGGAAGCAAAAGAAGUUGGCUGCCAAAUCUGAUAUUAUGGACAUGGAUGUGGACGGAGGUGCUCAGGAAGAUACAGCCGAGAAGCGUCGCGUAGCUGCUGUCGAGGCCAUCACCGCCGCUGCAGAUGCCAUAUUCAGCCGCAACAACCCUGAUAUUUACGAUCACGAACGCGAGCUGCUACAACGCCUAUACAAACGCGAUACUGGCGAAGACUGGGUAGAUCCUGUUGCAGACCAGCCGGCAGAUGAGAACGCCAUGUUCGAGUUCCGUUGGGUGGACGCUCGGGACGGUGGACAGACCCAUGGUCCUUAUGAUAAGAACACCAUGCGCGCGUGGCGUGAAGCCGGAUACUUUGGUCAAGAGGCCGAGGUAGAGUUCAGACAGGUCGGUCUGGAUGGCUGGUCAAGAAGCGCAGACUUUGAGUAG